AUGUCGAACUACGGUUACGAUCCUCGAGGAGCUCCUCAAAGGCCGCCGCAGAGGGGCUACGGCGACGACAACAAUUACGGUCAACGAGAUGCUGCAUUCUCCAACAUCUUCGGCGCGGCUCCUCCUCCUGGCCGAUCCCAAACAAUGACUUCGUCCUCUUCGAUGCCUCAAAACAUGAUGGACCCCGGUCGCACUCAGACUAUGUCCUCAAUGUCCUCUGGUAUGCAACGGCAGCCACCGCCUCGUGCCCCCCCAGGACACUAUGGGGACCCAGCAGCUGGCAGGACUCGGACAAUGGAUAGCAAUAGCAUGAUGGGGAAUGGCUACUAUCCAAGUCAGCGCUCAGCAUCUGGUGGUCAAAUGCCACCUCACUAUAUGCAGCAGCAGCAACAUCAUCAACAACGACGUCCGUAUCCUGGCCCUGGAGGACCUCCACCUCCUCGGAUGGAGCAAAGAGGUCCGCCGCCUCCGCAAGCUCCUGGUGCAAGGACUCCCGCCCAGCGAUUCUAUCAAGGUGGUCCGGCACCUGCAAUGAACAAUGACCCUUAUCGCUCGCAGUCACUCGCUUCUGCUCCUCGCCAGCCAAUGUACCACCCUCCUCCUAGCGCCUACCAACAAGCACCAGCAAACCACCUUCGACAAGCCCCGUAUGCGCAGCAGAACUCGGCGAGGACGACCGCUCAAGGGCGAAUUGUGCCGGAACGUCAUGAAGAUCGCACCAUGUCGCUGACUGGCAAUUACCAACCCCAGAGCAUGGACGCCCAUCAGACCAUGAGCGGUCGAGUCAUCCCAAACCGACGAGCACCUACCGAGCAGCCUGCCGCCAACGGUUAUCCUAAUUCGAUGCCUCACGCUCCAGGAGCACAGACCCGAACCUCUAGCAUGGUUUCGUCCAAUGGUGCUGGCGAUCAUAGUAGGACAAUGUCGAUGGCCUCUACCGUGGCACCGACCAUCACCCCGUCCGAGUCUGAUGCUUCUACUUUGGUUCAGCGACCAACCAGAAGCAAGUCGAUCGAGAGCGAGCGCCCCCCGACUGCCACGAAGAUUCGACCACCCCUCGUAUAUCCUGCCCUACUGUCUCGAGUCGGAGAGUGCUUCCGUCGCAAGAUUAUUGUAGGUGACAGGACCAAGAACGAACUGACAUACAAGAAUGCUUUCAGCGGUUCCGAGGCUGUCGAUGUCUUGUCAUAUAUUAUUAGGACUACUGAUCGCAACCUUGCCCUCCUUCUUGGCCGAGCUCUGGAUGCCCAGAAGUUUUUCCACGAUGUCACUUACGAACACCGUCUGCGAGACUCCCAAUCGGAAAUGUACCAGUUCAGGGAGACAUUGAUGGAUGAGCCAGAAGAUAAGCCCGCAGUUAAUGGUGUCUUUGUCCUGCUCUCCGAAUGCUAUUCUCCAACCUGUACCAGGGAUCAACUUUGUUAUUCAAUUGCCUGCCCUCGACGAUUGGAGCAAGUUUCGAGACUGAAUCUUAAGAUCAACCCCGGAUUAAGAAAAGAAGAUGCUGUCAAUGCUGUCGAUGACGAAGUUGAUCAGACAGACGAACAAAAACUCUGGAUCAACUCCGUUCCCAAGGAAGUUGCUGAGAAGGUCGAUGAGCGGGAAAAGAAGAGGCAGGAAGUUAUUUCAGAGAUCUGUUAUACCGAGCGAGAUUUCGUUAAGGAUUUGGAAUAUUUACGAGACUUUUGGAUUCUGCCUUUACGAUCAAAGGCUUCGCCAGUUCCUGUUCAGCGUCGCGAAAAGGUCGUCAAGAACAUUUUCAGCAACAUUAUCGACCACCCCAGUAUUCAUACCGUCAGCUCCCGGUUUGCGUCUGGACUCACGACUCGACAACAAAAGGAACCUAUUGUCCAUAAUAUUGGUGAUAUUUUCCUUGAGUAUGUGCCUCAGUUCGAGCCCUUCAUUCUGUACGGUUCGAAGCAGUUGGAAGGAAAGUUUGAAUUCGAGAACGAGAGAUCAGUCAACCCCUACUUCAGCAAGUUUGUGGACGAGAUUGAAAGGCGCAAGGAGUCGAGAAAACUGGAGUUGAAUGGUUAUUUGACCAAGCCGACGACCCGUCUGGCACGAUACCCCCUACUUUUGGAAAACGUCUUGAAAUACACGGAAGAUGGCAAUCCUGAUAAGGAGGACAUUCCUAAGGUUCUGGUUAUGAUUCGAGAUAUUCUUGGCAGAGUCAACGCAGAGUCCGGAAAGGCUGAAAACCGAUUCAACCUCAGGAGGCUUCAUGAGCAGCUCCGUUUCAGACCUAACGAGAGGGUCGACCUUCGACUCACAGAGGAGGGACGUGAAAUGGUCUUCAAAUGUCAGUUCAAGAAGUCGCCCACGGAUCCUGCAGAAAUUACGGCCUUCCUCUUUGAUCACGCCGUUCUUCUUGUUCGCAUCAAGCAAACUGGCAAAACUGAAGAGAUUAAGGCAUACCGACGACCCAUUCCUCUGGAGCUUCUCGCAAUCAGGGAAAUGGACGAGGUGAUUCCCAAGGAUGGCAACAUGAAGCGUACCUCGUCGAGCUUGAUCCCUUCAAUCCGGAACAACGCCAACGACCCAGCGCGAAAGGAAGGCUGGCCGAUCACCUUCCGCCAUCUGGGUAAAGCAGGCUACGAGCUGACGCUCUAUGCGUCUAACCAAGCUGCUCGUCAAAAGUGGCUUGAGUUCAUUCAUACUGCCCAGGAACGUCUUCGAUCCCGUGCCGACUUCUUCAACACAACGGUCAUCUCCAGCAAAUUCUUUGCUGGUACCAACCGUGUUAACUGUGUCACGCCAUUUGAUGGUGGCCGCAAGCUCUUGUACGGUACUGACAGUGGUGUUUACCUGUCGGACCGCAAGGUGAAGGAUCAAGUGCCUCGCAGGGUAUUGGAGACUGCAAGCGUUACUCAGAUUGAUAUUCUGGAAGAGUACCAAUUACUAUUGGUCUUGUCUAACAAAACACUCCAGUCUUACCCAGUUUCUGCCCUCAACCCUGAUGAGCCCGCAUUGUCUAGAAGGCCUAAAAAGAUCCAGAACCAUUGCAGUUUCUUCAAGACGGGCAUUUGCUUGGGCAGACAUCUGGUCUGCUGCGUCAAGUCAUCCGCCCUAUCUACUACGAUCAAGGUCUUUGAGCCUAAUGAUGCCAUGACCAAGGCCAAGAAGCAGAAGGGUAUUGGUAAAUUCAUGAGCGGCGGCCAUGAUGAGCUCAAGCCAUUCAAGGAGUUCUACAUUCCCACCGAAUCCUCGUCCGUUCACUUCCUCAAGUCCAAGCUCUGCGUUGCCUGCGCUCGAGGCUUCGAGGUCGUUUCGCUCGAAACCCUCGAAACACAAUCAUUGCUCGACCAGGCUGAUACGUCACUUGACUUUGUGGCUCGCAAAGAAGGAGUUAGGCCAAUCCACAUUGAACGACUUAACGGAGAGUUCUUGCUUAACUAUUCGGAAUUCUCCUUCUUUGUUAACCGCAACGGCUGGAGGGCCCGGCCAGAGUGGCGAAUUGACUGGGAGGGUACACCACAGAGCUUCGCACUCAGCUACCCCUGGAUCCUUGCUUUCGAGCCAAACUUUAUUGAGCUCCGGAACAUGGAGAAUGGUGCUGUGCACAUUGUCCCUCGUAAGAACAUUCGCAUGCUUCAUAGUAGCACACAUGAGAUUCUAUUUGCACACGAGGACGAUAAAGGAGACGACGUCGUUGAGGCAAUCGACUUUUGGAAGAGCAACCGUAAGUCAGAGCUGCUCGGUUCAUAA